AUGAAUUCUCAACUGGGUGCUCGGCUGGCGGUUGCCAACGGUGGCCGCGUGCCUCAUUCAAACAGGGAGUCCGAAGCCAUACACGACAAUCGUGAAGCAGGAGAGAAGCGCCGUCCGACAAUUGAUGACCUCGACCGCCCCGACCCCGAGCACGGCUACCGAGAUCCCACCUAUCCUCAUCACUCUGUGGCCACGCCUCCGGGAUGCAUGACUCCAUGCAUUGCCUGUGCAGAACAGUUCCGGUCGGCAUCACCAUCAUCAUCGGCAUUUACCACUCGCAGAUAUGACCACAUGUAUACGGAUGAGAAGGCUCGCGAUGAAAUCCUCCAGUUGAAAACCACCACAGAUCAAAACCUCGACCGUGUUCGUACAUUACUCGACAAGCAUGGCGAUGUAAUGGCCAAGUUGUGGCUCAAAAAGACAGAUGUGCAGCGCAGAUCCAUUGCCCAAGACGCUAUGCCAGACAUGUAUCCACGCCGAGGCUUCCCGCUCGACGAAGCGAACGCGAUUCACAGACCUACUCCUAACGGCACCAUCCCGGACUCCAUGAUGAACAUCCGCCUGGCAAAUCUCAGAACAUCUAUGGAAAAGUACCGCAAGAGUCUUCUUGUGCCGUACCUUGAUCUCGACAGUCUCAGCCAGAACCCGGGCGAACUUCUCGCAGUUUUGUGUCGCCGUACAGAGUCUCCCCCUUCUUUAUGGGCCUUGUUUGACAAUUCACAGAUCACAUUUCAUUUCCGAGAAAGAUUGAUUGGGACAUCAUACAACCCGCAUUGUGUCGUGAUGCAUGGCCGACGCUACGGACAAUUGGUAUCAUGGGACGAGAAAGCCGCGCACCGUAUGGAUAUCAUUGGCUUCCCCAAAGCUCUGUUGGUAUUUCAAGCGCAGAUGGUGAUUUCUAACUUCCUUCUCAAGGUGUCUACUACUCUGGCUCAGCAAACGAAUCACCCCGGCUCAAGUGGGCGCGCACAACUGGAUAUCCUUGCUGCACCCGGUUUUACCACCGAUCAGAGUUGGAUCGCCCAAUACGACCUGCACAGUCUCCAUUGCUUCAAGCCAUCGACCCUUGAUUGGAACGAGGUGAUUGAGACUUUGACUUCACGUCUGCAUUCUGCCGAAGAUCAAAAUUGGCUCUUUCAAACGGACCCAGAAUUCCUUCGCCAGUCCAUUUCUCAAUUUGAAGGUGCUGCAGUGCAUGGGCAUCUAAGCCCAGAGGAUAUUCGCAAAUGUCGGCUCGAGCUGGUUAUGCGCCCGAGUAACAGACUACACCGAUGGAAGAAUAUCGUGGGAGAGGUCGAGCGCAUGCUCGUCGUAUCGAAAGCGGCCGAGGGCACCAUCACUCCCGGCAACCCUUUGCCUCGGAUGUACGAGACCGCACUCAGCUGUCUCGAGGACUUUCUCACUGUAGAGUACUCUACGCAGUGUAAGCAUUUGUAUCUCGCGUGCUACAUGUCCAAAGCCUUCAAGUGGUAUUUUUCAAAAGGCGAU